CAGCGAGUUAGUUAGUUAGUUAGGCGACUCUGACUAAUACUACGUGUCUUAACAUGACUUCCGUGUCGCGGUGAUUUGGUCUAUUCGCUUAGUAAACGUUUACAGUGCUGUGGUGUCACGAAUCAUGAGCUUUGUGCCUUUUCUUCGGCAGUGCGAGCUAACUCCCGUAGCUAACAAGCUAAUUAUCUAGCCCGCUGGCUAGGUAGCGUUAGCUGACUUGGCUAGCCAGCUAAGCUAGUUUGACAGCUCCUGAUAUGAAAAAGCUCCAAAGAAUGCUAAAUGUAAGGCGACGUCGCCACUGUCUGGUCGUAUAUUUAGACGUAUACAUGGUUUUUAUCACAAGUUGACACUUGUGGCUAAGUUCCACUCAACGUAAAGUACCCAUACGUUAAAUUUUAAGUUUAGCGUCCUUUACUGUUGAGUUGGAUUCGUUCAGUUGCCGUUUGUUGUUCUCACAAACAUUUCGUUAUCGUCUCACACCCUUAACUGCUAGUAGAACUGGUCAGACAUAAACGUAAUAACGUGUAUGUCUCCAGCAAUGACUACCGUAGGGGUAGAAUGUGGUCAUAAGCCACAUGUAGUUCAUUUUGAAGCCCAGUGUGAGGCUAAUUUGGGAACUUUUAGGAUUUAAUUAAAGUAGCCAUACAACUGUCAGGUAGAGUUGUCUAGAAAGGCACAAAAGAACCAACGUGGUGAUGAACUAUUCCGAGGUGGAGUCUAAAGUCAGAGAAGCCACCAAUGAUGACCCCUGGGGACCAUCAGGGCAACUAAUGAAUGAAAUAUCAAGAUGCACCUUCAUGUAUGAGCAGUUUCCGGAGGUGAUGAACAUGCUAUGGGCCCGCAUGUUGAGGGAUAACAAGAAGAACUGGAGAAGAGUUUAUAAGUCCCUGCUUCUGCUGGCCCAUCUAAUCAGAAAUGGAUCAGAGAGGGUUGUUACUAGUGCCAGAGAACAUCUGUAUGACCUGAGGUCGUUAGAAAGCUACCACUUUGUAGAUGAGAAUGGGAAAGACCAAGGUGUGAAUGUGCGUCAAAAGGUGAAGGAGCUGGUGGAGUUUGUCCAGGAUGAUGAGCGGCUAAGAGAAGAACGAAAAAAGGCAAAAAAGAACAGAGACAAAUACACUGGUGUUUCCUCUGACAGUAUGGGAUACCGAGGUUACUCGGGGGACCGGUACGACGAUAACCGAGGGAAGUGGGACGAUGACUGGGACAAGAGCAAGGGCCAAUUCCCCUUUAGUGAGAAGUUGGGAGAGAUCAGCGACAAAAUAGGCAGCACAAUCGAUGACACCAUCAGCAGAUUUAGGAAGAAGGAUAGAGACGACUCUCCAGACCGAUUUAGUGAUAACGAGGAGGACCGAGGUCACUCAUCUCACAACGGCCAAUCCAGAAAAGAGUUUAAAGAUGAUGAGGAGACUGUUACCACCAAAAGUGUACAAAUUGUCCAAGCAACAGAGACAACAGCAACACGGAAGAGGGGAGGGGUCCCCUCCAAGAAGGUAGACCUGGGAGCAGCUGCUAACUAUACAGGAGACGGUAGCCCACAGACCACCACCAAACAGCCCCAACCAGCAGCAGCCCCUCAACCUUCCAGUACUGGCCUAGCUGACCUACUAAUGGUGGACUCAACCCCAAGCCAGCCUGCUGCCACAAACUUGAUCGGAGGAUUUGCGGACUUCUCCUCGCCUGCUGCCUCUGUCGGCCUCACCGCAGGAUCUGCAACACAAGCCUCUAGCAGCAACGGCGACUUCGGAGAGUGGAAUGCCUUCCCUGGAGGUCAGAUGCCAGCAUCUGCUCAGACUGUUGACACCAGUGGAAACGACCUCUUUGGAGGCAUGACAGUGGGUCCUGCCAUUGCCCCAGUCUCGGCUCCUGCCUCAGCAAACCUGUUUGACUUGAUGGGGCCAACUCAGUCCCUCACGUCCUCCCAGAGCGUUAACUUUAGCAUGAGCAGCACACAGAGCAUAAGCACCACAGGUCUGCCGCAGUCUAUGUCACAGAACCUCGGGGGUCCCCUACAACCGCAGUUGAUGCAGCCUGUGCAGCAGGGAGCGUCCUCUCAAAGUGCUGGAGCCAAAGCUCCUCUUCCUUCCACCUGGUCAGACCCCUCUGUAAACAUCAGCCUGGACUUCCUGGGUCCAGGCAUGCAUCCUCCCAAACCUAGCCAGCCCACACUCAACACCCUCCAACAAGGUAACCAGGUACCUGCUAAUAUGCUCUCCCAGGGAUUUGCAAAUAUGAGCCUAGGAACCACAACAAUCAGGCCACCCAUUAACCCUAACCCUAUGAUGCAACCUGGAGCUGGCAUGGGCAUGGGCAUGGCUAUGACCCCCCAGCAGGGCAUGAUGGGGAUGGGCAUGACCAUGGGGAUGCCACAGGGAGGCAUGACCAUGGGGAUGCCACAGGGAGGCAUGACCAUGGGGAUGCCACAGGGAGGCAUGACCAUGGGGAUGCCACAGGGAGGUAUGACCAUGGGGAUGCCUGGUGCUAUGGGGAUGGGAAUGAACCCUGCUCUCGUCCAACAGCCCAAAUAUGAUGCCUUUGCUGACUUUGGCAACUUUGGAAAGUGAUGGAGCUGGACAGCAAAGAUUAUCAGAAGCAGUGGCAUCAGUCUCUCUCCGUCCAUUGGUGAAGGAUUGUUAUGAGCUGCAAACAAAGAGUACUUGAAUAAUGUCAACUAUCUUGUUAACACCCUGCAAUCUCCUUAUUUCACAUGUUUGUGUGUGGUUGGUUGUGUGUAUGUGUAUGUAGUUUGAACCAAUGAUGUGUCUGGUCUAUGGUGGUGGUCAGACAUGCACACUGAUGAUGGUGAUGAUUAUGAUAAUGAAGAUGAUGUGCCUUUCACUUAGUUAGGAAUAAGGAGGAGGAAGCUGUGCCACCUAGCGAAUGUCAGGGGAAUUUGCUUUAUAACCUCAAUCAAGUGAAAUCACCAGAACAGCAAAAAAUCGGUGUAUAUAUAAUCACACAGUGAUAGUCUGUGUGCAUUAUCAGUAACUUUACUGAAUGGUAAGUUUAGAUAACAGGAUUAGCCAUUUUAACUUUCUGAUGUACGUUUGAGAAUGUCAAGUUACCUCUUAUUUGUCCACGUUCUUCCUUUUGAUCUGUAAAUAGAAAUCUGGAGCCCUUACAAAUAAGUUAUAAAGUACCUACAGGAAAGGUAGUGACGGCGUGAAAAGUUGCAUCAAACAGACCAAAUCUGAUAUAAGAUACACAACAAAGCACGCUGACACCUUCUGUUUGUAAACAAGAGUCCACGCUCUAAACGUGGCCUGUCACUGAAAGUAAUGCGUUUAGUGUGAAAGCUAUUAAUUAAUUUAACGACUUCCUUCUUCAACCGACCAUCAGUUUGUAGCCUUGUUGGUGUGUGUAUAUAUAUAUAUAUAUAUAUUUCUAUAUAUUUUAACAUAUGAAGAAUAUUCUAAUCAGUUUGCAUCCAAAUGAGAUAAUCAGUAGGAAGGAGAAGCCUCAUCCAGAGAUUGUGAAUUUGUUAUUACAGCACACAGUGCCUGCGAGACCUUUUGCCUUUUUUUUCCUCCAACCUCUUUAAAGGAGGCGAUGUGACUGUUCAUUGUUGAAGACAGCUACCAGAGCUUCUCUUCCCUCCUGGGUACAAACAUGUUUGUACUUACAACUUAAGCCAAGUGUACUGUCUGUACAGAAAUUAGGUGCAAUGAGUUACCAUUUCACAGGCUCUGUUCUGUUUGUCAGGCACAUUUUUAUUAUUCCUACUCUGUUCAAGGCCAGUGAUGACUUCAGUUCUUCAGACACACAAACAUGUUCAUCAUCUCGGCACCUGAUGUGUUGAUACAGACUGUUCCAUCGUACACCUCUUCGUUUAUAUGUGCAGCUUGGUGAAUGCUGCUGUUUCUUUCAUCUUUAUAAGGGUCUACAUCAAAAAGUAUCUUACCAUUAUGACAGCAACUAUGUUUUCUAUACAUUGCAGCUCAUCAGGUACAUAAUAAAUGAGCGUCGCCAAUUUGGUUUCUGAUACACCCAGUUUAUUGGUGUUGGUCAGAUAUACUGUAGAUGUAACGUACACGGCCGUACGCAGCUAAGUGAUCUGGUAGAUGUCUGAAAUGUUGCUCUUCAGUGGUUCAAGUGCCUGCUGGUGGUUGCCUCCCGACCUAAUGAGUGAUUGAUAAGUAAAUCUUGGCUACCUGACAUGUUGGGUAUGUCAACGAAGAGAUAAAUAAUUCACUUGCCUGAGGAGAAGGCAGUGGAUUCUGCAGCCCAGAAGGAUUGAAGUUGUGCUUUCCUGCUCUCCCAAGGGUUUAAGAGGCUGAGCAUACUAACACAUGGUAGCACUCACUCAGAGACUGAAGCAUUACAAAGACCAAAAUCUGUUUGCUGUUUUUUCUAAAAUAUCAGUAGGUAGUUUUUAUGCAUUGUUUUCUACUUUGUAUCAUUUGAUCUUCUCUAAAAUGGGAUUGUUACUUAAACACUAGUAUAUGCAAUCUAAAGAAAUUUAAUUUUACAUGACUCCCAUUUUGAUUUGAUUUACACAUUGAGAUUCUUUAUCAACAACAUUAAACAGAUGAUUGAAAUUUGUUAAUGAUGUGUGUUAUUUGGUGUGCUGUGUCAUUAGCCUCAUCCAAAAGAGCUUCAAGCAGCAAAAUUGAAGCCACUUGCGUCUGACUUUGAAAUUCCAUUAGUGAAAGCAACUUUAACUUCAUUGUUUUAUGUUAAGAAAAAACUUUAGUAAAUAUUAAUUUACACAUUCUAUCAUUAGGACAGAACGAUAAGUGUGUCAACCACUUUGAUUGAACCCAGAUUUCAGCUGUCAUUAAAGAUUCUGGAUACUUCAAAAUAAAAGCUGUUGAUCCUGC